AUGCGCUCCUUUGCUGCUCUCGCUCUCCUCUUCACCUCCGUCUUUGCGGCUCCCCUGAGCUCUUCCUCCCUUGAAAGCCCAGCUAACUCAGUUAAUGGCCUUGGCAAGAGCGUUCCAAGCCCCGCUAAUGCAGCGCUCCCUGGCCAGGUGGCUCAUGCUCCCCGCAGUGAGCCCGCCGUCCCGGGCUUGUCAGUUCCUUCCGUCCCAGGCGUUUCCGCCGUUAAGGGACCCUCGACUUCUGAGUUGACUACUCGCUCCACCUGCCUCCCAUCCAUUGCCUGUAUCCUUAACACUGUGACCGAGGAGAUUGAACCUCUUGUCGAGGAAUUGCUCGACCUGGUUCCCGCCAACGCGACCGUUGCUAUUGUCACUCCCAUUUUGACGUCGAUCACGAGCUCUCUCCUUGCCGCUGUCCCUAAACUCGAGGCAUUAGUUGGUACAGAGAUUUCCAAACUCCUUAUCGACGUUGAAGGUGUCGUCAUUACUGUCGACCAACUUGCUCAGAUCAUCUUCAAGGAUCUGGAGUUGGUCCUCAAAGCUCUUAUCAAGGUACUUCAAAUCAUCGACUCGCAGCCUGGCCAGAUCUUCGACUUGCUCGUUGGGGUCCUCAACGCUGUGCUGGCCAUCCUCCAGGUUGUCGUCAAGCUUGUUGGAAGCAUUGUGGCCUCCCUGGGCCCUCUCUUGGCUCCAUUCAUUCCCUUGAUCGACUGCCUCGGUGUGACUGCCCUUCUCCAACUCCUCGGCCUUUCCGCCUAA